GUGAUUCAAGUCUGAUGGGAGAGCCGUGCAGUAAGGAAGAUGACCUUGGGGAAGGCAAAGGUCACAAUGAGCUGGAGAGGGCGGAAACUAAACUGAUAACUGCCCUGGAGGCCACCAAUCAGGCGCUGAUGACAGAGUUGGAGGAAGCCAGGGCCAAUAACAGGUUGUCCACAGGUGCGCUGUGUUCCAUGCGUAGAGCUCUGUCGGUUAAAGAACAGGAGCUCCUGACUCUGAACAGUGAGGUGGAGAAGCUGCGGAGAGACCUGAAGGACAGGAUGACACAGAUACAGGCCAUGUCCCACAGGUUCUCCAGCAUGCGUGACGGUCGAUCCAGAGAUGAAGUGAUAAGGACCCUGGAGAGGGACAACUACUCUCUACAACAGCUGGUGUCGCGGCUGCAGGCCGAGCUGUGUGAGUGUGAGGAGAGCGUGUCUCGUCUGACGCUGCGCGUGCAGGCCAGGGAGCUGGAGGUGCUGCAGGAGCGCAUGCAGAGGAGGAGGCUGGCCAAGGAGAUGCAGGAGCAGCAGGACACGCUCGUCGAGCUGCAGGCCUCCCGCACCACCACACAAGCAGCCCUGGAGCAGACCACCAGCAAGUAUGAGAGACUGCGUAUGAAGGUGAUCCAGGCUGUGUACUCCGCUGCUGGCACCAGGGCUCCCCAGAAGGAGCUGACGGACGCCGCCAUCUACUACACCAUGCAGAAAAUCAUUGAGGACCGCUCCAAGUUCUACCAGCGUCUGAUCCAGAGGGGAGAGAAGGUUCCCAGCCUGGCCAUUAGCGAGGCACCCGCCAUCCGCUCUGGAUCCGUAUCUAUGGGCCGUAGGACCUCGGUUGUGUUGGGGACAUAAACACACAUGUACACACACACACACACAGGACAUCAGUUGUCCUGGGGACAUAAACACACACGUACACUCACACACAGUCACAAUGUGCUGGGCCUGUGGACACAUGCCACACUCACCACUAUUUUCAGCAACAUAGAGAAGAUGAUACGAAAUAAACAUCAUUGUGACGAACAACCAUAACAGCAGAAUUUUUAGUAGACAGAUUUUAUUAAACAUUUAUUAAACUUUAACAUAA